AAAACAACGGGGGCGAGAAGGAGACUGUCCACCGGAGCCAGCCUAAUGCUAGCAGCAAAGCAAUACAGUGAGCACGGUGAAAGUCUCUCAGCUAUGACAAUACCCGGCGGCGUGCAACGGAUCCUCCCUGUCCCGGCCGUGCUCUUCAUCCGCCGCCCGGGCGCGCCUUUCGGCAACGCGAUGCACGAGCGCUUCCGCGUGCUGGAGCUGCCCUCGCCGGCCUCGAGCGAGCAGGCAGCGGCUUUCCUCGCCGCCGCCGCGGCAGAGCCGGACCCGCCUCGCGCCGCGGUCGUCAUGGGAGGCGGCGCCGUCCGCGCGGACGCGGCGUUCCUCGACGCCGUCCCCUCGGUCCGCUGCCUCGUCAGCACGGCAGCGGGCGUUGACCACAUCGACCUCGCCGAGUGCGCGCGCCGCGGCGUCGCCGUCGCCAACUCUGGGACAGUCUACUCCGCCGACGUCGCAGACCACGCCGUCGGCAUGCUCAUCGACGUGCUUCGCCGCGUGUCGGCGGCGGGGCGGUUCGUCGGGCGCGGGCUAUGGCCGCUGCAGGAGGGCGAGUACCCUCUCGGCUCCAAGCUAGGGGGCAAGCGUGUGGGCAUCAUCGGAUUGGGGAACAUUGGUUCGCUGGUUGCAAAGAGGCUGGAAGCUUUCGGCUGUGUCAUCUGCUACAAUUCCAGAAGACGCAUGGACUCAGUCUCCUACAGAUACUUCUCCAACGUUCAGCGUCUUGCUUCCGAAUCAGACGUGCUCGUUGUCGCAUGCGCACUGAACAAAGAGACACGCCACAUUGUGAAUGAGGAUGUCCUGGAGGCCCUGGGGAAGGAUGGGGUCGUCAUAAACAUUGGCCGAGGCGCAAGCAUCGACGAGGCGGCCUUAGUCAGCGCGCUGAAAGAGGGAAGGAUCGCUGGAGCUGGGCUCGAAGUCUUUGAGAACGAACCCAAGGUGCCUCCGGAGCUCAUGUCCAUGGACAGUGUGGUGCUGACGCCUCAUUCAGCGGUUUUCACGACGGAGUCGAGGGCGGACCUGUGUCAGCACCUGAUUUGCAACCUGGAAGCGUUCUUUGCCGCCGCAAUAAUGGGUGAUAGACGUGAUUGGAUGUAUGAAGGUUUCAAGAAGGGUGGGUGUCACACAAGUGAAUGGUUUGCCAAGACGCAGAUGUUUCUGAACCAUGCAGCUGCUUUGUCACAAAUAGAUAAUAUUAGGUGUCCAUGCAAUAAAUAAAUAUGACGAGCCACACCAAGAGGCAGGUCACACUACACCUGUGCUCGCAUGGUUUUGUGCCAGGCUAUAAGGUCUGGUAUCUCCACGGGGAGUCACGCCUUGAACGAGCAGCAGAAGUAGAAGUUGAUGACGAUGAAGAUGAUGUUGAUAGAAUGGACCAGAUGCUUGAGGAUUCAGGCUACAAACCUGUAUUUUUAAAAGCAUCCGGAAGAAGCAGGCCCCUUGAAUAAAAAGGAAGGGUCCUCAAACAUAUAUUUGACUGAGGAUCAAUAUCUAGAGGUUA